AUGAAACGGCGUCUGGUCAGCUGCCUCCAUUCAGUCGCCUCCUUGCAGGCAUACGGCGUUCAAGCCGCCAAAAUUUCGCAGUCGCAGGAAACAAAUGCAGCCCUUGGGCACGAGAAAUUGCAUCCUCGAUUCAUCCCAAAUUACCCCCCUUCACCCCUCCAUCUUCUGCACGCAGCACCAAUUCUGUGUGACACCCUUCAGCGGGUUUAUCAGGGGUUAUCCGCCCUCGACUGUCAUCUGAUUGGUGCUUGGCCAGUGCUUGGCCCGUUCUUGGGGACAUGGACUACUCAUGGGAGUCCUUUUCACCUUUGGCCUGACCUUGGCCUCGAACUGUUUGCUUUGCUUUUGCUUUUUGGGAGACUCGGAAUCCAUGCCAAGUUGCCAGACUUGGCUCCUGCAGUCUAUCCAUACACUUCCAAGCGGCACAGAAGAAGUAAAAAAAAAAAUCUCUCAAGAGAUUACGCUCUACAGAAGCGACCCUUGGCGGAUUCUUGUGUAAAGAACACUCCAGUAUCUUCUCUGUUCUCUCAAGCCCAGGCCAUUUCCCUCUUCCUUCUUUACACUUACUCGUCGGGCCUCGUCAUCCUCCAGGUCACACCCCGCAAAAGGCCCGUGGGCUCUUGCAGCGAACUGGAAUGGCCAUGCCCUGGCUGGCGGGUGCCCGCGUUACUGGCAGCGGGAGGGCCGGUUGGGAUCUCCCCGAUCCCCUUUCCCCCCCUUCUGCUCGCUCCCCUUUUGCCUUUUGACCGCAAACGGAAUGGGCCACGAUCUCAACUCCUGGUAGGGGAGACGAUGCCGCCGAGUCCUUGCAGAGGGGAUGAGAAUCACCAGUGA